UGCCCAGCCAGCUUGCGUCACUGCCACAGAGCAGUGAAGAGCGAGCUGGGGAGAGCGAGACCAGUUUGAAGGGGAGGACUGGUGCGAGUUAGGCAGCCCUCAGGCUCUGCUCGCCCACUCCACCCCUUCCCUCUCUCCUCCGCCACCUUCACUCUUGGCCCUCACCUUUCUGCCCCAAAUCCUCUCUCUAGCCAAAGGAAGGAGGUAAGGGGAACCGUCUCCCCUCCCCCUCCAAAAAAAAGGAAAAAACUUUUCCAGUGCGAAGGAGGCAGGGGAGCGAGCGCUCGCCGGCUGGCUAUGGAGCUGCUGUGCUGCGAGGUGGACCCGGUGCGCCGGGCCGUGCCGGACCGCAACCUGCUGCAGGACGACCGCGUCCUGCAGAACCUGCUCAGCAUCGAGGAGCGCUACCUUCCGCAGUGCUCGUACUUCAAGUGCGUGCAGAAGGACCUCCAGCCCUACAUGCGCAGGAUGGUGGCCACUUGGAUGUUAGAGGUGUGUGAGGAACAGAAGUGUGAGGAGGAGGUCUUCCCUUUGGCCAUGAAUUACCUGGACCGCUUCCUGGCUGGAGUCCCAACUCCGAAGUCCCAUCUGCAGCUCCUGGGCGCUGUCUGCAUGUUCCUGGCCUCCAAGCUGAAAGAGACCAUCCCGCUGACUGCAGAGAAGUUGUGCAUUUACACCGACAACUCCAUCAAGCCUCAGGAGCUGCUGGAGUGGGAGCUGGUGGUGUUGGGGAAGUUGAAGUGGAACCUGGCUGCUGUCACCCCUCACGACUUCAUUGAACACAUCCUUCGCAAGCUGCCGCCACAGAGGGAGAAGAUGUCUUUGAUCCGCAAGCACGCGCAGACCUUCAUCGCUCUGUGUGCCACUGACUUCAAGUUUGCCAUGUACCCGCCGUCCAUGAUUGCGACUGGGAGCGUGGGCGCGGCCAUCUGCGGGCUGCAGCACGACGAGGAAGUGAGCUCACUCACGUGCGAUGCCCUGACCGAGCUGCUGGCCAAGAUCACCAACACGGACGUGGACUGUCUGAAGGCUUGCCAGGAGCAGAUCGAGGAGGUGCUGCUCAAUAGCCUGCAGCAGUACCGCCAGGACCAGCGUGAUGGCUCCAAGUCGGAGGACGAACUGGACCAAGCCACCACCCCUACAGACGUGCGGGACAUCGACCUGUGAGGAUGCCAGCCGGGCCAGGCGAGAGGCGCUCGUCAUCUGCCUCUCCUUCUCUCUGGUUAUGUUUUGUGAUUUAUGUUUUAGGAGGAAGCUUAAAAAAAAAAAUCUACCCCCACCUAGAUCAUAUUUAAAGAUCUUUUAGAAGUGAGAGAAAAAAAGGUUCUAUAAAAGCAUAAUAAUUAAAAGCAUUUGGUGCCUAUCUCCAAGUACAGCAUAAGGGAAUCCCUUGCCUAUGCGAACUGUUAUUGUUUGGUUAUGUAAAAGUAAUAGUAAAAUGCUUACAGGAGAACCUGCAGAGUAGCUAGAGAAUAUUUACGCCUGCAAUAUGGGAACAAAUUAGAGGACACUCUUUUUUUCAUGUUAUAAACUAGCACAUACACCCCUCUUAGUAUAAUUUCAAGGAACUGCGUACGCCACUUUUGGCACGAUUGAUUGCAAAGCAAUGAACUCAAGAAGGAGUUAGAAGUAAGGGGAGACCUGACGGGGAGGGAAUACAAAACACUCUCUCAACAUGAUCGAACCAUGUUGGAUGUAGAAGCGCCUUGGCACUCCCGCCUGUUGCAAGGUCGGGAGUGCUUGGUCUCUACUCCCACACUCUUGCUGUCUUCAGUAGCUGCUGCCUGAAAGAGAUGUUUUGUCUUGCCAGUUGGACACAGGUGAUUGGUUCUCGAGUUCCGUGUCUCGUGACAUUCUGCUUCUAUCCCCAAACAUGGUUCAGUACAGACACCAGCAGAUGGUUGUCUGAUAGGGAGACCUAGCUAUGGGCCAUACCCAAAACUCACAUGAAAUGGAGGCAGAUUGAAACCAAGGGUGGGAUUUGGAAUGGAAUCUUUUCUCUUAUUUUAUUAAAGAGGGUAAAGUGACCUUGGCAUCCCUUACCAGGAAAAAACUAAUUUUUGGUGCUGAUUGGCCUGUCUGGUCCACAGUUUAGCAUUGUUAUAAACCAUUCCAUUUGAAAAGCACUUUUAAAAUUGUUCCCGAGGGAUGAUGGGAUGGUUUAUGCAAAUCAUGCUGAAUACGCCUCUCCUCUCCUCUUACGCCCCCCUCCCUGCCCCCAGUCUGGGUUACUGUUCACUUCUGGUAUCUGCCAUAGUUCUGGUAUCCCUACUAGGACUCAAGAGACGCCCCUUUCGGCUGACAUUCCCAUCAUAACAUUCCUCAGAAAAGCCUAAAAGCAAAGAUCUAUUACCACUUUGAUGGCAUUGAAGGAUCUUAAUUCCCAUCUGAUAUUUCUCCUUUGGACGCGGAAAGAAAACUUAUUGCUGGUGCAAAGACCGAGGGCUAAACGUCAGGGUGUGGCAUUCGGUUCCCUUUUCCGUUUUUUUGGGUUUUUUUGGUUUUUCUUUUUUGUUAAUUUUAUUGCAAAGUUGUAUUCAGCGUACUUGAAUUUUUUUUUUUCCUCUCCACUUCUUAGAGGCAUUCAGUUAGCAAAGAGGUUGGAGCAACAACUUUUUUUUUUUUUUUUGCACAAUUGUAAUUGACAGGUAAUGAAGCUAUUUGUUAAAAUCUUUGCCUUUUUUAAGUAAAAAAAGAAAAGUCAGAACAGGGCUACUCUGAGAAUUAUUUUAUACACAGAUUCUGCCUUGUUCCGUAGUAAGAGGGUUGAAGAUGGAGAAAAUCUAAGGGUCUUUUAUUUUUCAUUUUAUUUCGUUCAGUUUUUUUUUUUUUUUUUUUUUUUGCGCUGCUAAGAAGCUAAGAUCGUUCAUCCUUAUUCACAUUAACAGUACGUAGCUGUAAUGUUUCACAGAGUGUGCUGCUAUUUUAUAAACAUUUUUAUAAUAUAUUAUUUUACUGCUUAAAUUCCAAGUCCUGAAGUAGAUGGUUGAGAUAUGAGUUCUUUGUACUGGAAAAGCCCUUCCAUAGUUUUUCUUCUUCUGGUAGCAUGUUCAUGAUUAUUAUUUUUUUUCUUUUGGGUUGUUUGGGUUUUUUUUAUUUUCCUCUGAUCACAUUCUUCAAAGACAGAGUAUUCUUUACCUCAGGUUUACUGGACAGAGACAAUAACUACACAAGACCAUGAUUCACAUUUUUGUUUUCAUAAUACCUCACAGCUGUACAGUUUCUGCUUGGGAGCCCAUUAGCACGGUGGGGGUUGCAGUCGAAUGUCCUUGGCAGGUGGAAGGUAGGCGGAUUUAACCCCAGGGUCUCAUCCCCAGGGACCUUUUCAGUCAUGAAGGCCAUCAGGCUCCCAUUUUGACUCCGGUAUCCUCAACAUGAUGGAAAAAAUACAUUGAACCAAGGGAUCUUCCCUCCCCCACAGGACAGACGCUCACCCCGACCUUUACGCAGAGAACUCGGAGGUCGUAAUGCACACUCAGACACUAGUUGUCGGUGCACAGACAGACAGGAGUUCCCUCAGGCUGCUUGGGGAUCCUCACCUUACAGGCCCUGCAGAUGUAGAACUUCCGUCUGCUUAGGGCUCUUUCGGCUUGAAAGUCUCCCGUCCACCUUCCUCCUUCCCUGGUAUGGACGCCCUCCGUUUAGAAUCAUCUCCAGAGUUUUCCUAGGUCUGAAUCUGGAGGUGGAAGGAGCUGCCACAUGCUGCGUCGUGCUGCCUUCUCGGCCCACCUCUGUCCUGGGCUGUUGCAGGCCAGUGCUAUGCAAGGCCAGGUCUCCCGCUAAGCGGUACUACGCGGCUUUCUGGUAUAAAUCGCAUUGAAUUGGCAUGCUAGGAAAAACAGGUCAGGUGAGGAUGGGAUGGUAGUCGAAGAGGCGAAAAGGCUGCCUUCUCUACAGAGCCUAAAUUCUGGGUGAGUCAGUCUCUCGUGAAGUGUUUAGGAGGGUUCAGAACUUUGUGAGUUAGCAUGGCCCUAAAAUUCUAGGGGAUUUCUGGUGAGGCAGUGGGUGGUGCAUUCUGAUGUUUUGGAGAGGAAAGCUGAGCAGCCAGUAAGUUCACCAGGGUUUUAUCAAGAGCCCAUUUUGCAUAGCACACUCUUCCGGGUCCCAAGGUGCCCACAGAAUGGGGAAAACAUGAUCUCUGGUGUUCUUGGGAGUCUUGGCACUUAAAGAGAAAAUGAGGUGUAAAUUCAUUAGUGAUCAACCCUUGAGCUGAAACAGAAGCAGCAAAUGAAAGAUCCUGGCCAAGAAGGAAAAGGACAGGCCUACCAGAUUCUGCCUGUAGUCUGAAACUUUCCACUUUUCUGGAGCCCCAGGUGCCUCCGGGCCCUCUGGUUUUUUUCUCUCUCCCAUGCUUGGGGCCUACUGGGACUACCAAUGGGGAAGUGCGGGCUUUCCUGCCUGCUCCCAGCUUCAAAGAA